AGGUUUUCAGCCGAAGCCCCAACCGGAAAACACCGAUCUAUCCUGAUAGCUGUACAGUUCUGCAAACGCCAAGCGCUUUUACUUGUGACUGUAGAACUACCUCUCUUAUUGGAACCAGGCGACGCCGCACACGUUUAGCGUCCUUUUUUCCCUUGCCUUUCUGCCGCCUCCUCCUGCCUCUCGCAAGGCGUGUUGGACCCCCCAGCCGCGAACCCUCCGUCUCUCGGCGACCAUGCAGACCGCCUCCGCGCCUUUUAUUCUACGCUCCUUAUACAAGGAUGAGCACAUCACGGACACCCAGGUGGUGCGCCCCAUAACGGAGCUGAUGAUCCACACGUUUGGGGCGCAGGUGACGAACCGCUACGACGCCAACAUCCCCGCCGUCGCCCGCUCCCUCUACACCUUGUUCUCCAUGUCUCGCGUGCAGACCCUCGGCCAGGAGUUCUGCGACCUGCUGCCCGUCGCGAAGGGCCACCCCUGGGUGACCGUCGGCCCGGCGCGUGUGUUUUUGCUGGCGGUGCUGCAGCUGUUGGAGCCGACUGCGGUCUUCGUUGCGGCGCAGCGGUUCUUCCCCGACAUGGCCUCCCACGAGGUGGAGGCGAUCCUCAACAAGGCUGUGCUGUGCGCGUUGUUUCUCUUCGAGCGCUUUGGGACGCUGCCGCACCGAAUUGUGCGGAUGCGCUUCCUAAGUUUGAAGCCGUCGCAGCGACUGCAGGACAGCGAUGGCGCCCCCGGCUCGUACAUCCCGCUUGGGCUGGUGAUUCUUGUGGAGUUGGUGGUGCGACUCUGGCGGUACAGCAAGCAGCGGCGCGCGCGCGAGGCGAAACGCACGGGCGAGGCGGCCGCCCUCACGUCCAGCAGCGACGAGGACGCGGACAACGCGCAGUCGGGUAAGUGCAUGCUGUGCCUCAGCAACCGCAAGUAUCCGGCGGCGACGAACUGCGGCCACAUCUUCUGCUGGCGCUGCAUUGCGGAGUGGAUUCAGUCGAACCCGCAGGAGGCCCUCUGCCCCUUCUGCAGACAGCACAUCACCUCCCAAUCAUUAGUCCCGCUGUACUUUUACGCCGCGAAGGAGCCGCCACGAGUGGGGACGGCCGUGGAAGCGGAGGACAGCGCAUCGCCGGCCAACAACAAUGAUGAGGCAUCAAGUUAA